AUGCAAGGGAAAUCACAUAGACCAGGGGCUGGACGAAACUAUAUACCGUAUCCUUUUAAAUAUGGAUUAUAUACGAGUGUUAUGUCUGUCUAUAACGGCGAUCGGCGGUAUAUUCUGGCAUGUAUUGUGCCUUGAAAAUACACACUACUUUAUUACUUAAAUGUGUUCAUAGGUACAUGUGAUUUUGUAUACAAAUACGGUGAUCGAUUAUGAAACUUAACUAGAUCUUCAUAGAAAUCCAAGAAAUCCUCAUAUACCAAGUAAGUUUUAUCACUUUGUUGAGUGCAUGCUUAAAACUUUAGUCCAGUUGGCACGAUCAGUGUUUAUACUUUGAAUGAAUUGAAUUUGAUGUAAAUUUUGUCAUUUUCAGACGAAACGCAGCUACGAAAUCAACAGGGCUAUCCAGUACAGGUUAGAUCAACGAUUUAAGAUACUUAUUUUAUUGAAUUAGUUGAUUUAAAGGUCAAAUUAUGUAUAAUCUGAGAUAUUUUAUAAAAAAAGUUUGUUGUGAUCAUUGUGUUUUAUAAAGUGCAAUAUCAUUGCCUCACUAACCCUGCUGGGAACUAGAGUAUGUUAUUAUCUGUGGGUGGGGUAACCCUCAGAUGUUUUGAAAACAUGCAGAUGGCACUUAGUUUUAACAUAGUCAAUAGAAUACAAUGUUACAAAACUUGAUGAAUAUACAAUAGAACUUAUUAUUAUUGUAUAUUUUCAUGUCAGCGUAUGAUGAUUCAUUGUUAUGAGUAUGUUGUAUUUUUGUCCAACCAACCAUGUAGCAAUGUUUUGGUUGCCCAACUAUGAUAUUACAUAAUGGUUAAUUUAAACAGUUGCUUUUUGUUGUUUGGCGAGAAACCGAUAUUCACUACAAGGAAUGCACCUGAUAACAUAUCCAGCCAGAGAUCCGGGCCGGAUCUUGAGAUAAUCUCAUUACCUGGUAUCCGGUUGGAUGUAUAAAAUAUAUACUAGAUGUAAUUUAUUCACGGUUCAGGCUUUUUAGGUUACCCUGCUGGCAGUGGUUUCUGAGGUGAGGAGAAACCACUGCAAGCAAACGAACGACCUUCUAUCGAGCAUGCACGAAGAUUGUGUAAUGCGACGUCACUAAUUUAACUUCAUUUCCUGUAGUUUGUUAACUGUAGACAAGCAUGGAAUGUCUGUCAGUUUUAAUCAAACGACAUUUUAUUCUACAUGCAGUUCACAGUUUAUCGUUAUUGCUUGUACUAAAAUAUUUUGCAAUUGGUGCCUCAUCCAACAAAUUAUGCAUUCGAAUUUCUGUUAUAUCUUUUUCAAUUUUUGUAUUUAUCCGAUUAUAACAAUUUUUUUAUUUGGUCUACAAACUUUAUUUCUGUUACUUAAUUUAAACAUUGGAGUUGUUUUAAGGUUUUUGGUAAAUUCUAAUUUCCAAAGUUUCCAAAUAAUAUAAUAAUGUUUCCAAUUACUGUUCAUUUUGACAAUUAUUGCAAUUUGCGAUUGUUGCGACCUCAAAUGCUUCACGUUUUAACUGGUCAAAUUUGUACAUUACAAACAUCACUUUAUGACCAUUGAAAUGACCAUUAUUAGCCUUGCAUUAUUAGGCCUGAACCUUGUAUAUAACCAGUAUUUCAGUUAUAACCAGUAAUCUGGUAGGAAGAUAUUUCAACACUCCGCGAGGGACAGCAUAUCUGGUAAUAUUCUGUCAAUCUGUAAAAUUCUCUAUCCCCUGCACCUUGACAGGUUAAAAUGAUAAAAUAGGGCACAUUGGGGUACCCAUAGUAACAUUGCCUCAACUAUUAAAGGAAUAAAGUAGAUUUGGCAUGACUCUAUUUUCUAGCAACUCUCUUAAAUUAAGCCUGUUUUUCAUUGAAUUGCACAAUUCACACAAUUGCAGGAUUCAGAGCAAUUUUAAUCUCAGGAAAUGGCAACCAGCCUAUUUCUACGACUCUUGCGACGCGACAUUGCAAUAUUUACGAGUUACUGGAAACCAGAUUUAAUUUGGCUGUAAUAAAUACAGAGUGUGUAUUAACCUGUGGUAUUAAAACCCUUGAAAAGUUUAAUUUCAAUUAACCCAUUAAGUGCCAGCGAGUAAAAUCUUCUGCCGUUAGACAGAGUAGGGUCAUUCCAUGUCAAAUCAUCAGAUUUUUUUGAAAUUUGUAACCCACUACUUUGGAUUUGGCUAAUUUUUUAAUCAUUAAUAGAAAUAUGUAAGAAAUGAACGUAUACAAAGUUUGAAGUUAAUAUCUCAAACGAUUAUUGAUUUAUGGCUCAUCAAAAAUUUACUGGUCUUAGCCUUAAAGCUACCUUAAAUUUCACUUCCGCUACAAUACCUAACUUUAAAACCUCUUAAAAUAUUUUGUAUACAUGCUUAUACUCUGCAAUUUCGCAUUCUGAACCUUCUUAUGAUGGCGAAUCUGAAAAUCAUAUUUAAAAUAUGAUGAAAUAGUAGCACAUGCUUUAUGUUUGCCAAUAAAUUACGACUUCCGGUUUUGACAAGUUUUUGACGUCAUCGUUUCAGGGCAAAUUUUCGUUAUGUCUCCGAGCAAUUAUGGGGUUAUUGUGUAUGUCAUGUGAAAGAACACACUUCAAACUAUCAGAAAACACUAAUUUAACCAUUUGCAUAUGACGGAGACAAGUUGCAGCUCCCGUUCAAAAAAGUAAUUUACAAGACAUUUUUUCUGGCAUUGGAAAUGUAUAAUUUAUUCAGUAAUACUAAUGUACAAUCAAUCUAGGCAAAAUGAUUUUUUUUAUUUGUUUGUUUAGAAGUUGUUCAACCACCACUAAUGUCUUUCGCAGUAGUUUCCCCAUUUCUAUAGUGAUUUUCCAGAACAUAAUUUAUAUGCUUAAUAAUUUCAUGAGCCAUGUAUUUACCACCAUUAAUUGGUAUCACCAGUGAAAUACCAUCAUAAUAUCUAAUGAUUUUUCUAGUAUAGUGUCUUUAGAAAUGUAAAUUUAUAGCAGCGACAUAAUUUACACAUCGUUAAUCAGAUGGUAUAUAUGUGGCGUCUAGUGUAACCGUCAGUUAUAGUUAAAAUUCACAUCGAGUGGCAAGUAAAGGAAUUAGAUAAGUUGUUGUGUGAACAUAGUAUAUAACUGCAUGGAACCUUGUUGGUUUGGUGUAAAUCCAGGAGAUUGUCAUAAGACAUCAUAUGUGCGGAGAACUGGUUUGAAAAAUCUUGCAUAUUUCACAGAUGAGGAACGGAAUCUCCUUCUGUGGAGAGGAGGAAAGAGGGAAUGUGUCACUGAUGCAGAACAAUUACAGAUAUGCUACCACCACAAUGCAAAACUAGGAACAAUAUUUGAGAAGAGGUUUACUAAAUGCUGCAAUUUGUUCAAAAUUCACAAGCGAAAUGUUAAAGGUGGCCAUAAAAUUUCAUUACACAUAGCAACAAAACUUGUUGACCUCGGAUAUGAAUGUGUUCCCGGUUGGCAGCUUUGCAGGACAUGCUAUGAUAAUGCGCAAAAAGACGAAACUAUUGUCGACAAGGAGACCUCGCAAUCUGAACAUGAACCGAAUAAGUUAGAUUCAACGACAACAGAUUUUUCAACAGACGAGAUUGAUUCAGAUGAAGCAAGAAACCUAUCAAGAGAUAGCUUGAACAGAAGUCUUGAGUCGAUUGGAGGUUCACCUAUCACAACACACAGUAUGCCAAAGCAUCGCAGAGUAUCUUAUGUUAAUGAGAAGAUAGACAGAACUGUAGGCUGUCUUAAACGAUCAUUUGCAGCAGCUGUUGGUGUGGAAGAAAGUAGGUUGGUAGCAGAAAACGAGAAGUGUUCAAAAGGGUCGGUAUCUGAAGAAAUGAAAAAAAGGCCAGUGACCUUGACAAGCUGACGGAGCAAAUGCGAGAAAAACUGACAUUAGGAAGUACCACAUCUGAAGAGAAAAUUAAGAUCCUUACUCUCACGCCUGAGUCUUGGUCAAUCCCAAAAGCAGCCUCGUAUUUUUGUGUGUCUGAAUAUUUAAUUAGACAAGCUCGUGAAUUGAAGAAAUCUCGUGGUAUACUUGGUACCCCUAAUAAAAACCAUGGUAAACCUCUCCCAAUAAGCACAGCAGAGCAAGUGCAGUUAUUCUUUGAAGAUGACGCACACUCGCGUUUAAUGCCAGGUAAAAAAGACUUUGUGAGCAUUAAAAGAAAUGUGCACAAGCAAAAGCGAUUGCUUUUAUGCAACCUUAAAGAGCUGUAUGUACUCUUCAAAGAACAAAACCCAGAAGUAAAGAUUGGGUUUUCUAAGUUUUGUUCAUUGCGUCCAAAAUGGUGUGUUACAGUUGGUUCAAGUGGCACACAUUCUGUUUGCGUAUGCACAAUUCACCAAAACGCCAUUCUUUUAGUUGAUGCUACAAAGACAGGUCACACCUACAAAGACCUGAUGGAAAUGAUUGUAUGUAACUGUGACAGUAAAACUUGUAUGGUUCAUAGGUGCGACAAAUGUCCUGGGACAGAUUCUCUAAGGGAAUAUCUUAAAACAUUUCUGGAAGAACAUGAAGAAGUCACAUUUCAACAAUGGCAAACCACUGAUCGGUCGAAGAUGGUUACGCAAACUUUGAGCAAUGACGAAUUUAUUGAGUUGCUGGUUGGUGCUAUUGAUAACCUAACGUCACAUUCCUAUAUUGCUAAAUGUCAGACCAAAUAUCUCAAGCGAAGAAAGGAAGAACUUCCCGAUAAUUGCGCGUUAGUUCUUGGAGAUUUUGCAGAAAACUAUACUUUCGUGGUACAGGAUGAGAUUCAAUCAUUUCACUGGAGUAAAUCAUAUUGUACUUUGCAUCCAGUCGUUGUUUACUACAAAGAAAACGGUAAACUUGCCCAUACGUCAUUAUGUUUUAUUUCAGACUAUCUAGAACAUGACACUGAAUUCGUUUUUGAGAUCCAACGUGAAUUACUUAAGAUCCUAAAAGAAAAAGUGCCGACCAUAACUGAAGUUGAGUAUUAUUCUGACGGAUGUGCAGCCCAGUACAAAAACUACAAGAAUAUGUUAAAUUUGUGUAGACACAAAAUGGAUUUUGGCAUUGACGCAACUUGGGUUUUCUUUGCGACAAGUCAUGGCAAAUCACCAUGUGACGGCAUUGGCGGUACAGUGAAGAGAUUAACUGCACGUGCAAGCUUACAAAGGCCUUACUCCGAACAAAUUUUGAAUGUAUCUUCAAUGCUGGCCUUUUGUAAGGCAAACAUCCCCGGCAUAGCAUUUAUUUAUGUUUCGAAGGAAAGAAUGGAAGAAGUUCGAACUGAGUUAAAGGAAAGAUUUGCCAUGGGUCACACCAUACCCGGAACGAGAAGUUACCACUUUUUUACACCAGUAAGUACGAAUGUCAUUGCAUAUAAACGUACGGCAGAAGAUGAUGCAUUUGCGGGUUCAUUCAACAUCACCGGAGAACCAGAUAUCAUUGAGGUGACCACAGAAGCCAUACGACUUAAUGAGUAUGUCGCAUGCAGAUACGAUGAGAAGUGGUGGGUUGGUGUGGUGGAGGAAGUUAGCGAAGUGGACCAAGACGUGAAGAUUAACUUCCUACACCCGCCUGGACCAGCAAGAAGUUUUCGUUGGCCAAGAAGACCUGAUGUCUGCUGGGUACCCAUAACAGAUAUAAUAUGUCAAAUCCAGGCUCCUGUUACUGCAACAGGUCGAACAUAUAAAAUUGACGAACAAGACUGCAGGAACAUAAAUGAAAAAUUUAUUACGAAAUAAAGCCUAUAAAUCCACCAGAUGUUAACAACGAUACGACAUUCUGACUGUUAGUCAUGAUUGAACAUUGUUUAAUUAAUGCGCUAAUAUUGGUUUGAGCCAUUACUUUUAAUAUAACAAAUGCUUACAUAUUUUUAUACAUUUACAAUGCCAGAAAAAAUGUCUUGUAAAUUACUUUUUUGAACGGUAUCUGCAACUUGUCUCCGUCAUAUGCAAAUGGUUAAAUUAGUGUUUUCUGAUAGUUUGAAGUGUGUUCUUUCACAUGACAUACACAAUAACCCCAUAAUUGCUCGGAGACAUAACGAAAAUUUGCCCUGAAACGAUGACGUCAAAAACUUGUCAAAACCGGAAGUCGUAAUUUAUUGGCAAACAUAAAGCAUGUGCUACUAUUUUAUCGUAUUUUAAAUAUGAUUUUCAGAUUCGCCAUCAUAAGAAGAUUCAAAAUGCGAAAUUGUAGAGUAUAAGCACGUAUACAAAAGAUUUUAAGAGGUUUUAAAGUUAGGUAUUGUACCGGAAGUGAAAUUUAAGGUAGCUGAAACGCUAAAACCGGGAAAUUUUUGAUGAGCCAUUAAUCAAUAAUCGUUUGAGAUAUUAACUUCAAACUUUGUAUAAGUUCAUUUCUUACCUAUUUCUACUAAUGAUAAAAAAAUUAGCCAAAUCCAAAGUAGUGGGUUAAAACCCCCUGAUGAUUUGACAUGGAAUGACCCAGUAAAAUAAUAAAGUAGGGCGUAAUGCGACUCGAUGGGUUGAGUGAAUCAGCAAUACCAGAUUUUCAGGGUAGAUACCAGAUAUCAAGUUGUUAGUAUUUCAUUUGGGUUGGUGCUGAAAUUAAAAUUUGAAGCCCUCCACAUGAAAAUGAAAAGACCACAGCAUAUAUUUUGUAAACAUAACGAUGACGAAUUGCCAUCAUAGUUUUUAUAUUCAUUACAAGUGAACCGUAUAGUUUUCAAACUUUUGAAGAAUUGCACAAGUCACACAAUUGCAGGAAUCACAGCAAUUUUGGAAAGCUUGAUAUGACGAUUAAAUAUACAAAUGUAAACGUGAUAUCGAAAAAUAUUGAUAUUCUGAUAUUUUAUCGAACAUUUCAAUAUUGAAUAAUCAGUAUUUAUAAAAAAACGAAUCUGGCUGGUUGCAGUGACAUGAUAUUUAGAAACAUUUUGCAAGCUCUUUCAGUGCAGGGGGGGGGAGCAGAUUUUCUUGAAGGGGCACUUUUCAACAAGAUCAUGAAUUUUGAUUUCCCCACCCGUGGACAAUAAGUUUUGGAAAUGUAGGAAAAAUUUUUCAAAACUCACUGAUUUUGUGGUAAAAUCCGACCUAUGAGAAAAGUAAUGUACAUCUUUCCUGAAGUAAGUAUUUUGAUUUGCAAUUUUGGCACACAUGGCAAACAUGUAAUGAAUUUUUAAUGAUUUUAAAACAUUCUAGUAAAUAUUUCCCUAUGAUAAAAAAGGGAUAGCCUCUUCACCGCCGUUCCUAGCUGAGUUGGAGAGUGAGGGCUUCUGCCCAUCCCUGGGGAGAGUGAGAGCUUCUGCCUUUUGCCCUGGAAUAGUCCAGUCCAUGAGGUAAAGCUUUCUGAUUUAGGUAAUACUUCUAGUUGGUUAUUUCUAUAUUCAUGAAAAUAGGCCGUCAUGAUGCCAGGGCAACGUCAAGGUGCUUACUUAGCAGGUCAUCCAAUGGCAAUGCAACCACGUUCAAUGCGGCCAGCCAGGGCAAUAUACUCAUCAUCACCUCAAGGACAUUCGCCAAUGCAAGGAUAUAUUCAACAGCAGAAUAUGCAGUAUCAAGUUGUGGGGCAGGUAUGUCUCAAUCAGUAUUGUACCUCAAAUUCAAAUAUUUUAAAGAGAGAACGUCAAAAACUCGGGUGUACAUAAGAAAUUAAAAGUUACUAUUCAGCAAGUUGUAAAGUUUCUUCUGAACUUUAUAGUGGUUUCUUUAACCUUUGGUAUAAUAUAUCAUUUAUGGACCCUCUGCUCGGAGUACUCGUUGAAAUUUUACCUUCAGUGAUGAUAUUUCCCUCGGGGCAAAGCCGGGAAGUAUCACUUCGGGUAAUAUUCUGCCGAAUCUUCCUCGGUCCGGGUCUAUAAAUGAUAAGUAUUCAACAGGGGGCCAGUCAGCCCGGUGGAGAAUAGGACAAUUUAUAUCAGUGAUCACAACUUGCUCACAACUUACAACUAGCCAAAUUAGCCUUAGCUUGCUUAGUUACAGUAUAUACAGUGUAUAUAAAAAUCUACACCGUUCUAAAAUGUUCACGUACUAAACUGAAAAUUCUGCAAAAUCUUUAACAACUUUAUUUUAGUAUGGGUAUAGUUUGAUCUUCUGGUAUCUCUAUCAAAACAGUACUAUGAAAAGUAAAUUUUCGAGCGCAACAGGGUUGUUGUAAAGUGGUUUUGAACUUCAUUCAUAGACUGCAAGUUUGCAUCCUAUGAAUAUUUUUGUGCGCAAAUCAUCUUUAGUACACCCUUUCGAUAAUUACGUCACGCAUGCACAUACGUUUUGGUCCUGGAGCCUCGCUCUCAUCAGUAAAUUAUGCAAGGUGAUUGACUGACGAUUCAUGAGAGCGAGGCUCCCAGGCGAAAUGGUGUAUUAAAGUGGUUUUGGAAAAAGUUGGUAAACCUGUAUGUAUGUCGGUAAUCUGUAUGGUCUUGCUCUUUUUUCUCCUAAGCUACAUAAAUUUAAGGUUUGUGUUUUGCUUUAGGAUCCUUAUGGCCAACCAGUGAUGAGACCUACAUUCAUUCCUAAUGUCCAGCCAGCGUACCAAAUGCAACCGACCACUGCACCAUUUCAACCACAAUAUCACCCACAGCAACAUCAAUAUUAUAACCAAGGAAUGUCCCCUAUGUACUACGCCGUGCAGCCUAACCAACCAAUACAACCGCAACAGCUACCGCAGCCUUCUAACCCCACAAUUCAAACGAAUAAUCUAACCAAACCUAAACCAAAACGAACUCAUAAAAUUGUAAUUCGAGAUCUAAAAAACAAUAAAGAUGCCACAGAACAAAUUCUUUCCCACACUAAUGCAGCGAACGGUCGUACUGGAAGCACCCCUCCUUUGACAAAUUCAACUGCUCAGACAGAGUCCUCGACUAUCCAGGCACAGUUUGUUGCUCGGUUUGCGGCCCGUGUUGGAGGAGAGAAAUGUAAACAGGAUAACGAGAAGAAACCGGACGAAACAGACAAGAAUAAGCAACUUCAAGAAAGAACAGACCAUGAAAUAAGAACAGAAGUAAAUAAACAAGGAAAUGGAUCAAUAGCUGCCAACGAAACCCAUGCCAAAGAUUUGCCUCCAAACAAUAUGGAAACUCUUAACAAAGUAAACAGUUCAGCAGUUGAAAACUGGACAGACAGCCCAAAGAAUACUACCGAUAAUACACACUUAAAUCAGGGCUCACAAACGUUGCAAGAAAUGGCAGAGAAGUUGAAAAAAAACAUGAAAAGCGAUGGUAGAGAAUCGACGAUAAAAAGUGGGGCAAGCGAAAAAAAGGAAACGGCCACAGAAAUUUCAGAUAAAGUACCAGAAAAUAAUGUGAAUACGGCUGAAGGGAAAACAAGCAAUGAAAAUAUGGUUAACCCUUGCCCAGUGGAACAGAUAAAGAGUGACAAUAAGGAUAGCUUGGAUAAUGCCCAAAAUGGUGUUGAGAAUACUAUUAAGUCUCUGGAUAGUGAGGCUGCGCAUGCUGGUAUUAGUUCUGAUAAAACUGGAAAGAAGGUUGAAGCUAUCAGUGAUAGCAAAGAGGUCGUAGGUCAACAGCCAACACAAACUUCUAACCCCACAACGCAUACUCUAACCAAACUUAAACCAAAGCGAACUAGUAAAAUUGUAAUUCGUGACCCACAAAUGUUAGAGCAUAGCCUAUCGAAGGGAAGAUGGCUGUGAAACUCAUUAGAAUAACAAUGUGACUCAUCCAUGUUAGUCAACGUUUAUUCAUAAAUAUGGUUUUUCACCGUCACGUGUGUAUUGUAAUCCACCAAUAGCAAUUUCCCUAUUGUUCGAGUCACGGAUAGGUAACAUUGUUAUUGGUUAGUUGGGCAAAAACACAAUACACACGUGGCGGUGAAGGACCAGAUUUAUGAAUAAAUGUUGACUAACAUGGAUAAUGAGUUUUAUUAUAUGGCAAGCAUUUGUUUGGAUGAAUCACGCAAUUUGAUUGGCUGCUGACAAAACAGGAUUUUAUUGGAGUUUUUAUUUGGCAUUCAACUUUUCAUUUUCAAUUUAUACAGAUUCAAGUGUUCAUUCAAGUUUUCAUUCAUUUGGCAUUAUCUUUUCAUUCAACUGUUUAUUUUACUUUCAACUUUUCAUUUGACUUUCAAGUUUUGAUUCAACAUUCAAGUUUUCAUUCAACUUUUCAUUUGAAAUUCCUUCCUCUUAAAAACGAAUGAAAACUUGAAUGCCAAAUGAAAAUAUAUUAUGAAUUGUAUAUUAGCGGCAAUAUUAUGAUUUUGCUUUGCUCAAAUCACGGCAAGAUCGAUUCAGCAACUCCCGAUCCAGAUAAAUCAUCUACAGAGAAAUACCUGAACCAUAAACCGUGUGGAUUUUGCUACGUUGUCAUAUCUCAAGUUUACCAAUUUUCCAAACCGCCUGUUGUGUAUCGUGGUGAGGACGCAUGGAUAAGUUUCUUCAAUGCUUAGAGAAAGAAGAACAAGAUAUUCAAGAGAAGUUGGAAGUAAUUCAAGCGAUGCAGAUCAGCAGUGAAGAAGAACAACGGUUUCAAGAUGCCAGCAGCUGUCAUAUUUGUGGUUAUGAAUUGGGAGCCGACCGAGUUAGAGAUCAUUGCAAUGCCACCUCACAGGAAAAUAUCGUGGAGCAGCACACAACGAGUGCAAUUUAAAUUUUAAACUAUAAGUUCACUGGACGCAUUCCUGUCAUUGCUCACAACCUUCGUGGUUAUGACUCUCACCUGAUUAUGCAAGGUAUUGGAAAGUUAAAGAAUAAGAAGAUCAACUGUAUCCCCAACAAGACCGUCAUUUCCUUUUCCAUCGAUAACCUAGAUUUCAUUGAUUCACUACAGUAUAUGAACGCUUCCCUAGAACGGUUGGGUGCAGAUAUGUUUCCGAUUCUCCAAAAACACAGAUCAGGUGCUUCUGAGGAAAGGAUAGUGUGGGAAAGUUUAAUAAAGAAACUUCGUCCUCAAGAAUGUUUCUACAGUGGUCUGAACGAUGAACACAUUUUCUAUGCGGACUACGGCCACGCUAUACUAGUAUCUCUGAAGCUUUCGGUUGCCAAAGUAUGGGUGAUUACCAUGAUUUAUAGUUAAAAUCGGACGUCCUGCUUCUUGCCGAUGUAUUUGAAAACUUCCGAAGCGUCUGUUUAAAAGCAUACAAUCUGGACCCUUGUCACUUUUACACAAGUCCUGGAUUGGCGUGGCAAGCUUAUCUAAAAAUGACAGAGGUAGAACUAGAGUUAUUGACUGAUUCAGAUAUGUAUUUAUUCAUCGAAGAAGGGUGUCUUGGUGGGAUAGCAAUGAUAAGUAACCGUUUCAGUAAAGCGAACAAUCCGUAUGUCCCCAACUAUGACCCUGAUCAAGACACAUGUAACGUGAUGUAUCUCCACGCGAAUAAUCUAUACGGCUGGGCUAUGUCACAACCUCUACCAACUGGUGAAUUUGACUGGUUAAAUGACGAAGAGAUCUCCAACCUCGACAUCAUACAAAUUCCUGCAUGA